AUGGCACGCUUUUUUAUUUUGGCAUGUGCUGUUGCAGGUUUAGAUUUUUACCAUUUUUUGAAUUUUUGGUCUUUUUCUUACUUUCAUUUCUUGUAGCACUCGUCGCUUGCGAGUCAAAAAGCGGUGAAGAAACUCCCCAAUACUGGAGAGCUAUUCUUGGUGACAUUUGUCAACUUCCAUCAUUCCCAAGAGCCACCGGUGAUCCAACCAGAUAUGUAGAAUGUGUUCGACAAAGCUCAUUCGCUGCUGACAGGUCAGUUUCCUUUCUUUCGAACUUUUUGAUCCUUCUUUCUUUUGUUUUGGCAUCAUCUUGAAAAAAAGAUGAGCGCGAAAAACACUUGAAAAUGAAAAUAAUCUUGCGAUUCGAUUCAUUAAUAUUUGCCAUCUAUAUAUAUUUCAAUAUUAUUCAUCUUAUUAAAUUUAUAUAUAGCUCAUAUUUUGCUUAUUAUAGAAAGGAUCUUGGUAUCUGGCUUCUUCGUGAAUGCCUUCCUGGAUACGAGUUUGUCGCUUCAGCAAGACGGUGCAAGACUGUUCGAUCGGUCAACAAACAACAAGUAUGUCAACAAUGUUCUCUAUUCAACUCAUUCAUAAUUUGUAUUUCUUUCAGGAACUUUGCGAAUCUGCCAAUGCCACCGAAUACAACUUCUGUCCACCAACAUCAAGCAUGCAAUUUUUGGUAGAAGAGACUCGUGAGGCACCAAGACAAUGCGCUUGCCCAAAUGGUGAACAAAACUGUGUCUGCCCAUCACCGGAAAUCCUCGAGCCAAUCUCAUCGCCACGUGGAACCGUCCGCAAGACCCGUCAAACUCAAAACCAAAAAUAUUCGCAAUACCCACAAUGCCCAUGCCCACAAAGUCAACCAGCUUGCACAUGUUCCACAACCACUCCACAAAAUGAACAAAUUCUUGUUUCGAUCUCUUGCUGUCAACAAGAUGCUGCUACAACAACAACUCAAGCACCAAAUCAAAUGACACAAUGUCAAUGCUCACAAUCUCAAAUUCAACAAAAUUGUCAAACUACCACUACUCAACAACAAUAUUGUCCACAACAAGCAUCUCCAGUUGUUCAACCACAACCAUGUCCACUUGUUCAAGGAUCAGGAGUUCAAAACGCUCAAUACCAAGGAAUUUGCUCAUGGAUGGUUGAUCCAUUGGCCACUGAUCCACAAUCCAAAACUCACUUCCUCCAAUGUCAACCAGCACCAAAUAAUUUGUUCUGUGGAAGAUGGCAAAGAAUGCCAUGUGCUCCAGCCACUGUCUUUGAUGUCAACGCUCAAGUCUGUGUUUGGGAUACCACAUCGGCUCCAGCCACUUUGCCAACACCAGCUCCAUAUGUCUCAACUCAAGCUCCACAAAACUCACAAUGCGGAUGCACAGGAGGAGUUCAAAUCGGAUCAUGCAACCAAAACUACCAAUGCCCAGGACAAUCAGUUUGCCAAGUCGGACAAAAUAAUGGACAACAAUGUAUGGUUUGCUGCUAUUUCCGCAAGAAGGCCCGUCGUUUCUAA